AUGGCGAAACAGCGAGCAGUGCGACUGGGUACUGCCUGCUUGCUGCUGCAGCUGCUGCAGCUGCUGCAGCAGCAGCUGCAAGCAGGAGGCUGCGGUCUGAACACCCGAGCUGCGCUGUUGCAGCGCCAUGUGCAGCAGUGUUUGGCCUUCAUGCAGCAGGGGCGAGAUCCCCAGCAAAGGAGGCUUGCCCUCUUGCUGUUGGAUCCCUUUCAAGAAGAUGCUACUGUGCAUGCCGUAUUUCUCCAGUCCUUGACUGACGAGGCCCCUGCAGUUCGUCGCGCUGCAGUCAGCCGACUGCUGCUACCGACUGCUGCAGCUUUGCAGCAGCAGCAAGAAAGCGAAUUACUGACUGCCGCAGCCUUGCAGGAGCUGUUGACGCGAGCCUUUGACUGUGCCGCUGAAGUCCGAGCAGCCUUGUACAGGAGACUUGCCACAUGCGAGGCUUUGAUCAGUCCGGAUAAAAGGGUGGAGUUGGCGCUCGUCGGCUUAAACGAUCGCGCGGCCUCCGUCCGCGACAGCUGCCUCAAAAUGCUCCGCUCCUGGGUACAGCAGCGGGAGCUGUUGCUGAAGCAGCAACAGCGGCUAGAGCAGCAGCAAGAGCAGCAGCAAGAGCAGCAGCAAGAGCAGCAACAAGAGCAGCAACAAGAGCAGCAACAACAGCAGAAAGAGCAGCAGCAACGAGACUUUAUGGCAAAGUGCGGGGGCCUCGUAGGCCUCAUUGAGGAUUUGUCGGAGUGUCUGCCAGCAGGAGAGGGAGCGAUUGAGCUUGCAGUUAAGGAACUCCUCCUCGCGUCUUCUAAUGAAGGUAUCGAUGGUGCUGGUGCUGCUGUGGAAGGUGCAGCUGAAGGCAUACGGUGUUUGCUGGAAAGUCGCGGAACUAAUUGUCUCUCCGACUUCACGCCUGGGGCUGUUUUCCUCCUUCGCGUCUUUGCCGAGCAUCUGGCGACACCCGCAGAGAAGAGCAGCAUCGACCUUACGGAGUUGCACGCGCUGCUGAUGCGGCUGUUGGGGGCAGCUCAGCAGGUAGAGCAGCAGGAGCAGCAGCUGCUGCAGCAGAUGGCGGCGGCGGCAGCUCCUCCUGGAGCUGCGUGCGAAGCGGCUCUUGUGGAGGCGCGAAGAGAAGCUGAAACUCACCAGCUGACGCUGCUGGGCUGCGUGCGUCAGCUGCUGUUGCUGGCGUCUUGUUCGGGUGUAUCUACGCAAGAGACAGACCGCCUUCUCGAGGACGCCUGCGAGCAAACUCUCUCGGCUGCCCCGCUAGUGGAUGUGCGCCGAUUGCUGGUUCGCAACUUGAAUCCUCCGGAGCAAAGUAUCUACCCGUUGCCUGGACGGCGCGAAAGCAGUGUCUGUUCAGGCGGAUAUUCUCUUUGGCCAGCUUACUGGCUUGGCAACACUGCAACUGCCGCGGCUGUGCAGCUGCUGCAGCAGUUGCAACAACGACAGCAGCCUCACCACCAGGAAGCGGAGUGCGCCUUUACCGCCAAAAUAUGCGCGACUCUCGCGGAGUUGCAUGAACCCCUCGAAACUGGAAAGGACGAAGAGGUGCUGCAGGAAAUUUGUUCGGCCGCUGAAGGCGACCCUUUCGCCUUCAGUCCUCGUCUCUGUAGCACCCAACUGCUGCAGCAGCAGCAGGAGCUGCUGCAGCACAAGCUGGUUGCGCUGCAGCAGAAGGCCGUGGAGCUUGCGGAGCUGCUGCAACAGCAGCAGCAGCAGCAGCAGCAGAAGAAGAAGAAGCCGAAGCAACAAGGCGAUGCGCAAGUGCUCCACGCGCUGCAACAGCAAAUCAAAAACAGCCAACAAACAUAUGGCCGCCUUGCGCCUGUGUACCUCGUGAUUACUAGCGAGUUGCACCAACGCAUGCCUUGGAUUCGGCAGCAGCAGCAGCAGCAGCAGCAGCAGGAGCUGGAGCGGCAGCAAGGGCUGUUGCAGCGGGAAGAG